AUGAAAGACUAUAUGAAGAGAGUAUACAAUGUCGACGUUAUCAAAGUACGAAGCUAUGUUGAACAGCAGAAGGUUACGCGUGAGCUUCCACGAGGAAGACAGGGUGUUGGCCCAAUGCGGCGCCCGAUGCCGAAGAAGAAAAUGACGAUUGAGAUGACCGAACCCUUCGUGUGGCCUGAAGAACCAAAAGACUUUGAGCCAUGGGAACGAGACACAUUCUUCGAAGCCAAGAAGAUGCAAGAGGACUUCCAGGCGGCGCACGCUCACGACGCGCCAAUGAAGGCUCCCACACGAAAACGACAACUGCUAGCCGAACAAGCAAAGCAGGUUCUAAAAGGUGAAGAGCAGUGGCAGCCAACCUGGCAAGCACUGGGCCUGAGCUCUCAGAGACCAUUAUUCAACAAGGAAGAACGCGAGCCAAAGGAAGCAUCAUAG